AUGCCCAAGAAACGUCGCGCGAACGGUCGUAACAAGCCCGCCGGGGCUCGAGGUCACGUGAAGCGUGUGUUUUGCGAAUCCUCGGGCGCGCUCGUGCCGAAGGACAAGGCGGUGAAGCGAUUCAUGGUUCGCAACAUCGUGGAGAGCGCGGCGAUUCGGGAUUUGCAAGAGUCGUGCGCCUUCGAGGCGUACACGCUCCCGAAGCUUUACAGAAAGGCUUACUAUUCGAUUUCGGCUGCGAUUCACUCCAAGGUCGUGCGCGUUCGCUCCCGCGAAGCGCGCCGCAUCCGCGAACCGCCGCGUCGCUUCCGCGCGAACACGGACAAGAAGGACAAGAAGCCCUAA